CGUCCCUUCACCCACCACCAGCCUCCGCCCCUCCUCACCGGACCGCCAUAACUGAACCCUCCAUCUUAUAAAUUCCUUACACUCUGAAGAUUGCGGCAAUAACCAAACGUAUAUCAAUUGCAGAUAUUUUGACUUAUCCUUAUGAAUGGCGUGGAGGGAGCUUGGGAAAAAGAGCAUUCAUGCUAGUCUUUCAAGGAUUCUGACUUCACCAGCAUCUAGAGAUACUGCUGUACGCAAUUCAUUCUCUGGUGUUGAAUUCAAAUACCUUUCAGCUUUAGUUGGAUGCAUACGAGAAUAUACCAGCAACUCAGCUUUACGUGGUGAUGGCACUUUAAGCUUCUUGACAAGCAGAUUCUUACUAAGGCGCUUUCAUUCAAGCCCAGAACUACUGGCCAGGAGAGAUAACGAUACAGUUGGUCUACAAACACCUAAGAAAGGGAAGUUCAAGAAGAGACCUGUAAAUGCAAAGCCACCAGUUGAAACUCCUUAUGUGCCUCCUAAACUUCAAAAGACUGCCAAAACGUCCUCAGAUAGAAUGGUUGAAAUAUUUGAGGGCAUGACAACUCUAGAGCUCGCUAAGCGCUGCGGUCAAUCUGUAGCCACAUUGCAGAAUAUUCUUGUAAAUGUGGGGGAAAAAGUUGGGUCAGAAUUUGACCCUUUGAGUAUCGACAUCGCAGAGCUAAUUGCAAUGGAAGUUGGGGUAAAUGUUAAGAGGCUCUAUUCAUACGAAGGUUCUGUGGUUCUUCCCCGUGCUCCAGUUGUGACAGUCAUGGGUCACGUUGACCAUGGGAAAACUUCUCUUUUAGACGCUCUACGCCAAACCUCUGUGGCAGCCAAAGAAGCUGGUGGUAUAACUCAACAUCUCGGUGCUUUCGUGGUUAGUAUGCCGUCAGGUUCAUCCAUAACCUUCCUCGACACUCCUGGCCAUGCGGCUUUUAGUGCGAUGAGAGCUAGAGGUGCCGCUGUCACGGAUAUAGUCGUGCUAGUGGUGGCUGCUGAUGAUGGUGUAAUGCCACAAACCAUUGAAGCCAUGUCACAUGCAAGGGCAGCCGAUGUGCCCAUAGUGGUUGCCAUCAAUAAAUGUGAUAAACCUGCAUCGGACCCCGAAAGGGUCAAAGUCCAACUAGCUUCAGAAGGCUUGCCACUUGAGGAAAUGGGCGGUGAUGUGCAGGUGGUUGAAGUAUCUGCCGUUACUAAAAAGGGGCUCGAUAAGUUGGAGGAGGCAUUGCUUCUUCAGGCGGAACUAAUGGACCUUAAGGCUCGUGUGGAUGGAGCUGCUCAAGCUUACGUGGUUGAAGCGAGACUUGACAGAGGGCGGGGCCCAUUAGCUACUGCGUUAGUGAAAGCAGGGACUUUAGUUUGUGGGCAACAUGUUGCUGUGGGUGCCGAGUGGGGAAAAAUAAGGGCAAUAAGGGAUACGGCCGGGGUGCUGACAAACCGAGCCACACCUGCCAUGCCUGUGGAGAUUGAAGGGCUCAAAGGGCUGCCAAUGGCCGGUGAUGAUAUUACUGUUGUGGAUUCCGAGGAGAGAGCGAGGAUGCUCAGUGCCGGAAGGAAGAAGAAAUUGGAAAAGGACCGGCUUAAUAAGAUGAAUGAAGAGAAGAUUUCUGCUCCCGAACCAUCUGAAGAGGAGUUUGUGAGGGUUGAAUUGCCAAUCAUAGUAAAAGCGGAUGUUCAAGGAACGGUACAAGCUGUCACCGAUUCACUUAAAACCUUGAAUAGUCCCCAGGUUUUUGUGAAUGUUAUCCAUGUUGGAGUUGGAGCAAUUUGUCAGUCUGAUCUUGAUUUGGCACAAGCUACUGGUGCAUGUAUUGUUGGAUUUAAUGUUCGUACUCCACCUACCUCCGUCUGUUUGGCUGCCGCUCAAGCCAAUAUAAAGAUCAAAGUGCAUAAAGUGAUCUACCACCUUUUGGAAGACAUCGGCAACUUCAUAGUGGAAAAAGCCCCCGGAACAUUCGAAACCGAGGUAGCUGGUGAGGCACAGGUGCUCAACAUCUUUGAGCUCAAAGGAAGAAGCAAAGCCAAAGGAGCAGACGUCAAGAUUGCCGGUUGCAGAGUCAUGGACGGCCAGGUCAUCAGGUCAUCCACCAUGAGGCUCUUGAGAAGCGGUGAAGUUGUGUUUGAAGGGUGUUGCGUCUCAUUGAAGAGAGAAACUCAAGAUGUCGAAACCGUCCAGAAAGGGAACGAGUGCGGCCUCGUCCUUCGUGAUUGUUUCGAUUUCCAGAUUGGAGAUGUUAUACAAUGCUUGCAUCAAGUUAACAAGAAACCAAAAUUUAUCUCUUCAGAGAGUGGUGCGGUUCGUAUCGAAUGUUAGUCGAUAAAUCGGUCUUUUAAAGAAAAUUUCCAUGAAGAAACUGGGCAGGUUCUGAACUGGAACCUGUUAGAAUUUUGUGAUUCAUUGAGUCCUUAUUUAUGGAUUUGUUGUAAACUUGGAGGGAUAGUUAAAGAUAGAGAAAGUCAACCAUUUAUAUGUUGGUCAAUCUACUAUACACCAACUGUAACCAUAUAAUUGGGAAAUA